UGUGUGACUACAACCAUGGGGACUCUGAAAAUGUCUGCUCUAGCUUUUGUUCUAGUGUUUGCUCUCAACUUUUUUCUGUGUUCUGGUCAACACGACGAUGACAAAAUAAAACCUCAAGACAUGCAAAAAAGAGAGGACACGAUUAACAAGCGCCCCUCUACGGAUUGCGCCCUAGGCGACAGCAUAGUUCGCCUUAUAGGUAGCGCAAGACCUGCCGGCAUGAACAAUCUUGUUUUAGCGGACAUGACAAAGGCUGGAGUAGAUGCCAACAGAGCAGUGUGUGAUACCAAGACUGACGGUGGAGGGUGGAUAAUUAUUCAGAGACGUAUCAAAGGUGAUGUGAGCUUUACAAGAACUUGGAACGAUUAUAAAAACGGAUUUGGCUCAAAUUCUGGAGACUUCUGGAUAGGAAAUGACGUUAUUUAUCAGCUAACAAACUUAGGUUAUAAUGAACUCAGAUUUGACAUGAAAUAUAAAGGUAACGACUUCUACGCUGUGUACAGAGGUUUUAAGAUAGAAAAUGAAGCAGCAAAGUAUAAGAUGAGCUUCAGUUCAUUCAGUGGAGGGAAUGUUAGAGACGAGUUUAGUCAGCACAAGGGCAUGAUGUUUACAACCAUUGACUCUGAUAACGAUGAGUUGUAUAAUGACAACUGUGCUGUAAGCAGGAGUGGUGGUUGGUGGUUUCAUAAUUGUUACAGGGUUAACGUCAACGGUGAAUGGGCGAGUCGUGUUGAUUUGAAAGGAAUUCAAUGGUCUAGCACUACAGGCUGGACUGACUCUCUAGACAUUGUUGAGAUGAAACUUCGUCGAAUGUAAACAACCUAAAAACGACGCUAUGGUAACAUAAUGGAUAUACAGCAAUCAAAUUACUUACAUAAUAUUCAGGAACAUAAGCAACAUUACAUAUAUUAAAAUUAAAAUAAAUAGAUCUAAAUAUUUAACUAAGGCAAUAUUUUCUUGAUGGUGAGUAUACAUAAGAAGUUUAAAAAUAACGAACAUUAAACCAAACAUUUUAUUUGAAAAAAAUAAUUUUAAAAACUACAACAGAGUUUGUUUUGCUAUUAUGAUGUAAUAAAGCCAAAUAUACACUCAUCUGGAAUUGUAAUUCCUCAUAGAUUGACUGUGUGUGUGUUAGCCAUUAAAACAGGAAAAAAACGACUAUGAUGGUGUCAUUUAUUUCUUGCAUAUUCAUAA